CUGUCCUCUGUUGUCUCUCCUUGUUAUCCCCUCAUUCCCCUCCCUGUCCUCCGUUGUCUCUUCCUCCAGCUUAUCUUUCCCUGGCUCCCUCUUCCUACUCUCACCCAGGCUCCCGAGUCCUCAGUGCUGAUAGGGUGGAGCAGAUGACCAAGACCUACAAUGACAUUGAGGUUGUCACACACCUAUUGGCUGAGCGGGACCGGGACUUGGAGCUGGCCGCUCGGAUUGGUCAGUCUCUGCUUCAGAGGAACCACCUGCUCCAGGAACGAAAUGAGUCUGUGGAGGAACAGCUAGCACAGGCCCUGGACCAGGUGCACCAGCUACAACAUGAGCUGGGGAAAAAGGAUGAGUUGCUGCGGAUGGUGGCCAGCGCUUCGGAGGAGAGUGAGACUGAUUCCAGCUGCUCAACGCCGCUGCACCCCCGCCAACCCCUAGCACCAGCUGUGGCCCUCAGCCAGCUGGAGGCCCUGCAGGGGAAAAUGUCUGAUCUGGAAGAGGAGAACCUGGCCCUACGCUCUGAGGCCCGUCAUCUGAAGACGGAGACCAUCACCUUCGAGGAGAAAGAACAACAGCUGGUCAGCGACUGUGUCAAGGAGCUACGCGAGUCCAACAGUCAGAUGGUGAACCUAACAGAGGAGCUGUCCCAUAAGAGUGAAGAGGUGAUGCGACACCAGGAGGAGAUUUCCCAGCUCCUCUCCCAGAUAGUAGAGCUCCAACACCGCGUCAAAGAGCUGGCCCUGGAGAAAGAGGAGCUGAGGAUUCACCUACAGGCCUCGAAAGAUGCCCAGAGAUCACUCACUGCAGAGCUGAAUGAGCUAGCGGACCGUAAUGUAGAGUGUGUGGGGAUGCUACAUGAGUCUCAGGAAGAGAUCAAGGAGCUGCGCAGUAAGAACACUCCGUCUGCAGGCAUGAGACGACACCUGCCCUACGGACUCUUCCCCAUGGACUCCCUGGCAGCAGAGAUUGAAGGCACCAUGAGGAGAGAGCUGAGUGUCGAGGACGAGGUGGCUUUCCAGGACCAGAAAGUUUCCCAGAAGAAGGUGUUUCAGACUGUACGCGUGGUCAACGAGUCGGUAGAGCGAGCUGCGGCGAUGGCCACGCCCCCUAUCCCUGGCUCGGGAGGCAGCUGCCUGGUGAUGACGGCCCAGCCCUUCCUGUCCGCACAGGGGAUCGACCAAUCCCACGGCCGCGCCAAUAGGGAGGAGGUCCCGCUUGGCAAGCCUGGCGCACCAGGAGGAAAUGACCUCGUGUCGGCGCUGCACCGCCUCUCCCUGCGGCGGCAGAAUUUCCUGUGCGAGCGGCAGUUCUUCCAGGCGGAACGCGAAAAGAAGCUGGAGGCCCUGGCUGGGGGAGUGGAAUCGGAUGUGGAGGGGAGUGGCUACAGCUCACCAAUGAGCAGCGUCAUGUCAUCCUUCACCAACCUAUCAGAGUUCUCGGUCUCGUCCAGCUGUUUUAAGACCUUUCUGCCUGAGAAGCUGCAGAUCGUCAAGCCCAUGGAGGCAGCUGGCCAUGCCCCACCUGGGCACCAUCCUGGACCCCCACCCGGGCGUGGUCACCAAGGGCUUUCGCCCCUCCCCCAUGAUGCUCUCGCCGACACCGUCUACCGCCUCACCGACCUGGAGGAAGACGAAGAACAGAAAUAUGACAUGAGAGGAAACCGAGGGAAGGAAGGGACAGACGCCUGGGAGAAGAAGGGAGAGGAGGAGGAAGGAGGGAUCACCUUCAAGGUGCAGUACUCAUCAACACCGGAGGAGAACAGGGAAAGGAUUAGGGAGCGUUUGCUGUUGAACGGGCCACCGGUGUCUCCCAUUUCUCCCGUUUUCGUACCAGUACCAGGCUCUCCACAGCUCCCUCUAAUCCCGAUCACCUGUGACCUCCCUAUGACCUCUAAUUCCCCCUGUGACAUCAUCAGGAGCCCGUCCCUCUUGGCUCUGCCCGCCAGUGUAACGUCCAUGGCUCCUGUCCAAUCCCAGAGCCUGACUGUCACCAGUCUUACUACUACAACAUCCUCGUCAGUUUAUAACCCGGGGAAAUGUCAGAGUUCAACGUCUUCCACCUACACCUUUACAACCUGCCGCAUCCUGCACCCCUCUGACAUCACCCAGGUCACCUCCAGUUCCCACUGUCAGUCUUCUGUCUCAGAGUACACUCCCAGCUCCAUGAGGACAGGCCCCAGCACCCCGGUGACCCCUGCAGCACGCCCCCAACUCCCCGUCCCACUCGCCGACCCCCUCGCCUGUGCCCUUGAGUCCCGCGCCUCGGCGCCAGCCACCUGUGACAACUUCCUGGCGUCGCGUCCGGCUGAGCUCUUCCUCCAGGACGUGUAUGGGCUGAAGUUUGGCCGCACCCAUCGCCCCAACCUCCCCAGCCCCGACCCCACCUCACAUCGCCCCAACCUCCCCAGAAUCAAAGCCAAACCCGACCCCAUCAAUGUAAACUUAGUCGAGAGGCUACGCCGGCUGGGAUUGGUCAAGGUUCCCCAGGGGGUGGAGCCAUUGUCAGAGUGCCUGGUGCGUCAGGACUCGGCCACCUUCCUAGCCACAGGCGGAGGCAGCCUAUUGGACGGCCUGCGGCGGAACCAGAGCCUCCCGCUAUGA